CUUUUUAAUUGCUGAUUUGUCAUGUUUUUUGGUUUUUACUGAUUUGUUGUCUAUAGAUCAGUUCAGAAGUAAGUUUGCCUAUAUAUAGUGUAAGCGCACAUAUAGAUAUAGUAGGGAAUUUACAAGCUAGCUCUAGCUCCGCAGAGAUUGAACAUGGCAGCUACAGUUUCCCCGAUUGCUAAUCUUCAACUUCUUAACCGUCAUAACUAUGAAGAUUGGAGUUUCCAGGUGAAAGUGUACCUGUUAGCUGAAGAUGUUUGGGACGUUGUGGAAGCAGCCACUGAACCACCAAAACCAGAAGAUGGUGAGGCUGAGUUUAGGGCUUGGAGGAAGAAUAAUGCCAAGGCUUUACUUGCAAUCCGGACGUGUUGCGGGGAUGAUACUUACCCUAUAAUCAAGGGCAUUACCACAGCCAAAGCUGCCUGGGAUAUGUUGGCUGAAGAGCUAAAGCCUUCGGAUUCUGAAGAGCUAAAGCCUUCUGAUUCUGAAGAGCUAAAGCCUUCUGAUUCUGAAGAAGGAUGGGAUAAUUUUUAUUUUUGUGAGAGGGAUGUGAAGUAUGAUCCUUUGUACGAUAGUUUGGAGCGUGGUGAUUGGAAUGCUGCCAAGGAGUUUAUUGAUCGACACCCUGAGUCACUAACACAUAGAGGUUCAUCAAGCGGUGGGACAGCUCUUCACGAGGCAAUCGAGAGGAAGCAGUUAGACAUUGUGGAAGAGUUGUUGAAGCUGAUGACAGAACAGGACUUGGAAAUUGAAGACGACUUUGGUUUCACAGCUUUUUUCACUGCUUUGUGUAAAGGCAUGGCCAAAAUAGUUGCCAGCAUGGUUAAAAAGAACGAGAAUUUAGUUACCAUGCGUUUUCCCAACGCAACAAGUAUGACUCCAGUUUUAUUCGCUUGUAUUUUGGGCCACUGCGAAAUAGCUCGCUUUCUCUAUAGUCGCACUCCAAUCCAUGUUUUGACUGAAGACAAUAAUGGCCGCGAUGGUGCUGAACUUAUUUCCGAGUCCCUUGUCGACAGAAAUAAAUUUGAUAUUGGAUGGGAUUUACUUCAGCAUUGCCCAAAAUUGGUCCUUACUGAAUAUUACUCCGGGCACUCCCCUCUAAAUGCACUGGCUGGUUUGCAUUCGGCAUUUCCAAGUGGGGUUCCCCUCAGAUUUUGGCAACGUUGGAUCUAUAACAAUAUACACGUACAACAACCUCAACAUGCUCCUAUCAACUCUGAUGUUGUGUAAAUUUUGAAGAACUAGAAGAUGACAAAAGAAAUCGAAGGGAUCUCAUUUCCUCAGCCAACAUCUACGGAUUUCGCAAAACAGUUACGGGUUUCUUCCAAGGAGUUGUUAAGAAUCUUCUCAAACUGUUAGGAAUCAAUGACUUGCAUGAAAU